CCCUCUCCUUCAGGACAUUCCAAAGGAGAGUCACUGGCAGUUUAAAAAAUACUCUGAAUUCCUUAGGUAGUUAACCUCUCAUCCAAGCCAAAAUGCGUGAGAUUCUUCACAUUCAGGGUGGGCAAUGUGGGAACCAAAUUGGAUCCAAGUUCUGGGAGGUCGUCUGCGACGAGCACGGCAUCGACCCGACCGGCCAGUACACUGGAAACUCCGAGCUUCAGCUCGAGAGAGUAAAUGUCUAUUACAAUGAGGCUAGCGGCGGGCGGUAUGUGCCACGAGCGGUGCUCAUGGACCUUGAGCCAGGCACCAUGGACAGCAUCAGGACUGGCCCUUAUGGCCAGCUUUUUAGGCCUGAUAACAUAGUUUUCGGGCAGUCUGGUGCUGGGAACAAUUGGGCUAAGGGGCAUUACACAGAAGGCGCCGAGCUUAUCGAUUCGGUGCUUGAUGUCGUUAGGAAAGAAGUUGAGAACAGUGACUGCUUGCAAGGAUUUCAAUUCUGUCAUUCGCUAGGAGGUGGAACUGGAUCUGGAAUGGGAACUCUGCUCAUUUCGAAAAUUAGAGAAGAAUACCCGGAUAGAAUGAUGCUCACAUUUUCUGUCUUCCCAUCUCCCAAGGUGUCUGACACUGUUGUGGAGCCUUACAAUGCCACGCUGUCUGUUCAUCAGCUCGUAGAGAAUGCUGAUGAAUGUAUGGUUCUUGACAAUGAAGCACUCUACGAUAUCUGCCUAAGGAUUCUUAAGCUCGCCAACCCGAGCUUUGGGGACUUGAAUCAUCUAAUUUCGGCAACAAUGAGUGGAGUGACUUGUUGUCUGCGAUUCCCGGGCCAGUUGAACUCAGACCUGCGGAAACUAGCAGUGAAUUUGAUCCCAUUCCCACGUCUUCACUUCUUCAUGGUGGGUUUCGCUCCUCUGACAUCUCAAGGAUCACAGCAGUACCGCGCGCUCACCGUGCCGGAGCUGACCCAGCAAAUGUGGGACGCCAAGAACAUGAUGUGCGCAGCCGAUCCAAGGCAUGGCCGAUACCUCACAGCAUCAGCCUUGUUCCGAGGCAAAAUGAGCACCAAAGAAGUUGAUGAACAGGUGAUGAAUGUACAGAACAAGAAUUCUUCCUACUUCGUCGAAUGGAUCCCCAACAACGUCAAGUCUAGCGUCUGUGACAUCCCGCCAAAAGGGCUUUCCAUGGCUUCAACUUUCAUUGGGAAUUCGACCUCUAUACAGGAGAUGUUCAGGAGAGUGAGCGAGCAGUUCACGGCCAUGUUUAGGAGGAAGGCUUUCUUGCACUGGUAUACUGGAGAAGGAAUGGAUGAGAUGGAGUUUACUGAAGCGGAGAGUAACAUGAAUGAUCUUGUCGCAGAGUAUCAGCAGUACCAGGAUGCAUCUGCCGAUGAAGAUGGCGAGUAUGAAGCUGAUGAUGACACUGAUGAGAAAUGAAGGUGCUCGACUGGCUUGCUGUUUCGUAUGAUGCGAGCACUACUUAAUCAAUAAGGUUUUAGUUCCUUAACUAUGAGUGCAAUAGAUUUACUCCAUCAAGAUUUUGUGUUCCAUUAAGCAAAGUCACUUCCAUGACAAUAUUGCUUCUUUAAUUUAGGCUGUUUAAUUAUGGUAUAAUGAUCAAGGUUUUAUACUUGGUGAUGGCUCACUUGACUCUUAAAAUGAUGAAUUUACAUCAUAUAAUUAUAUAUUUACGUUUCCCAA